CUUUUCGUCAAAAAGAUGGAAGACUCUAGAAAAUAUCGAAAUUCCUUAGUCACGUUUACAAAUGGCGACUACACUUAAAGAAAUACUGUCAUAAAAUAUCAACUGUCGCAUGAUUUAGAUUUGUAUCAAAAUGGCAGCUAGGCAGUAUCAUUUGAAAUUUGACAAAUCUGCAGCAUCUGCUGUGGAUGCAUAUGCUGAGUAUAAAAGAAUUGUUGGAGAUGAUGAUGGGGGUGUUAUGUUUACACCUGAUCAGUAUGAAGAUUAUAAGAAGAGAGUUCUUCCAAUGAGAAUGGAGAAUCGGGUGUUUGUAUCCUUUAGUAAUUCCACUGGUAUGGACUGUAAGAUGAUUGGACCAGAAACAUUGUGCUUUUGUCAACAUAGAUUUAGACAACAUAAAACAGACUUCACUACUAUUCCAACAGAGAGACCUAUAAUGUUACCAUGUAAAGUUAAAGGAUGUGGCUGUGUUAGUUACCAUUACGUUCCACAGAAUGGCACACAACCAAUCAGAUGUUCUUGUAAACAUUUCACAGAUGAACAUUCAGUUAAAAAACCUCACAAAUGUAAAUUAAGUGUAUCAGGAGGCUGUAAAUGCUCAGAAUUCAGGAGCUCCUAUACAUGUGGCUGUGGUGAACCUUAUCAUUCACAUCACAUGAUAGCUGAGACUAAAGAUGAAAGGAUAGCUAGAGGUCAUCCUGUAGGUCAAGAUGUUCCAUACCAGGCCAUGGGUGGUCUUACAGGGUUCUCAUCAUUGAUGGAUGGAUAUAUGAGGUUGGAUCCAAGUGGAAUAGGUGCACCAUCAAAAGAAUUUUUAGAACAACCUAUAACCUCACAUGACCAUCCUUUCCUGAGAGCUAAUGUACAAUCCAUCAAGACGCAUAGGAUGAAUCAAAGAGCCAUUAAAGGUGGUACUGAGCCAGAGAUAGAUGAAGAUUUAGCAGAGAGAAUGUCUGCCAUGAGACGACCAGAUGAAUCAGACAUGGAUUAUUUUGAGCGACGUUAUCAAGAGAGACAAAAGGCUGAAAGGGAAAGAUCUCGUGCCAGAGUUGUAGCAGCAAGGUCAAAACCAGCCAUUGGAAGAAGGACAAAUCCAGCAACUAAUUCUAAGUCGAAGUAAACUGAAGUUAUACUCAAUUAAUUAAAUCUGACUCAAAUUCAAGACUGUGAUAUUCUAAUACAUACCUUAAAAUGAUACAUUCUGGGGAAAGGAUAUUUUAGCAGUUUUAAUCACCAAGUAGUUAAAAUUUUAGUAUGUCAAUUUUUGGCACUAUGUGUUUGGUUUUGUCACUUGUGGAAACAACCUUUAAAAAAAUGAUCACCUUAUUAGUUUAGCAUGUUAAGGGGGAAUUGUUAAUAUAUACUGAAAUAUGUAUUAUUUUACCCAAGCUUACAAAGUUUUUGGGUCAUAUAGGAUCCACCCUGUCCCUGCCUCCAUCUGUCUAUCGGUCUUGUCCAUUUGCCUUUAAAGGGCUUCUCCUAUAUGGCUGGGCAGAUAUUGAUGAAACUGUACACAGUAAUACACCACUACAAAAGUAAGAUAUAUCUUCCUGGUCCUACACCUGACCAGGGGAGUUAAUCAGAUUUGCUUCCAAUAAUAUUGUAUUAAGUAGUAUAAAAGGUAUUCUUUUAUGCGUUCACUCUCAGUUCUAGUUUGUUUUGACUGAAAUACAAUUGAAAUCCUCUACAUGAUCACUUUUGAUGACUAGAAAUAAAGUUAAGGGGGCUCCUGGGUAUAAAUGAUUUUUUUUCUAAUAUAGGAUUUCGCUAUAUUUUUUCAUAAAUGAACUUUAUCAUAUACUUAAAAGAAAAAUGAAAUAAAAAAAUGGGGUCACCGUUCAUUUAAGCUAAAAUCUGCCUCUGAAAAAAGCAUACAUUUUUGUUAAUGUCCUUUUUUUCUGUUGAACUAAUAGGAGAAAAAGAGGAAAUAUCCUAAUAUAAGAAAUCGCUUAAAUUUUACAAUAAUUUAGUUUAUGUACAGCUUAUUUGAAAACAAUAAUAAAAAAUAUAGGUCACCGAUGAGUUAAAAAAGAUAUUUCAAAUUUAAGGCCAAAUAAUGGCAUUUUCGCACCAAAGGGAGAUAAUUUGGAGCUUUUUCAAGUUUUAAAGUCAUCUGGGGCUAAACCAAAUCAUUUUUGUGGGUUGUUUUUUGUACCAUAUCAUAAAGUAACAACUAAUUGUGUAAUAAAUAAAAUUUGUAAUGAAAAAAUAAAGAUUUAAUUUUUUGCUAAAAUUUUUGUACCCAGGAGCCUCCUUAAGUUUCAGUUACUAAUCACAAUGUACAUGACAUUACCUAAACUAAGAAACUUACUUUUAUCUGCAAUUUUAUUUUUUAUGCCACUUUCUAUUGGAUAACGUAGCAGGUAUUCUAUUUAAUCCACAAAAUACUCUAAAUGUGUUAUUCAUCUGCUUCCUGAUCCAUCUUAUACACUUAUUAUUGAAAAAUAUAUUUUUAAAUCCACAUUUCACUAGAUGCUUACAUUUAUUUACUGGAUGAUCUUAAAUGUCACACAGUAAUUUAUUUUGUAGUCAUUAAGUCAAAAGUGCUGCCAUAAUUUGGUUAUGCAACGUUAUAUUUAUGAUGAUUUUUUUUAUUAUGAUUGCCGUUCAGUAUUUUUUAUUCAAUGUUAAUUUUGCAUACAUAUUUAUGUUUUCAA